UUUCCUGUACGUAGUACGUUGACAGCGGAAGUAAACAAAGAGCACGUCGCAGUCAAGCGCUGUAUCUGACUUGCGAGAGAUUGGUCCUUAUUGUCAUUGUUAAAUGUUCUGUAAUUUUGUUUGGCAUAUUAGAUUAUUACAUAGUCACUGUCUUCGUCAAUACUUGUUUGUUAGACUCGACAAAUGCAUAAUUUGUUAAUUCUUUAUCUUGUUUGUUAUGUAGCGCUAGCGUGGCUAACAGAGCAGUAGUAGUUUCUUUAAAUCUUUUUGAGUCUAUUAAAUCCUUUUGGACAAACAAAGACAUUAACAUAUGGACAGUUUCGGUUUCGAAUCAAUAUAAAGUAGCAAAAUCAUCUGAAAACGAGGGCAUAUCUCCAUUAAAGUAUCAAAAAUGAACGGACAAGCUGAAGUAGAGGUGGAUUACAAGAGAAAAUACAAAAAUCUCAAACGCAAAUUAAAGUUUCUAGUAUAUGAGCAAGAGUGUUUUCAGGAGGAGUUGAGAAGAGCUCAGAGGAAACUAUUAAAAGUUUCUAGAGACAAAAGUUUUCUGUUGGACAGGCUGUUGCAGUAUGAAAGAGUGGAUGAAGAGUCUUCUGACUCUGAUGCGACAGUUUCCUCAGACAGCGAUGGAGAGGGAGCCAGAGAGAGAGACAGGGAUGCAGGGAAAAAGAGGAGAAGUCCUGGAGUUCCUCCCGUCCCGUCGGCCUCAUCUCCUCAUCUCUCACUCCUGUCCCGUUCUGGUGCGGUUCCUCUCCAGUCAUCUGCUCCAGCACAGUACCUCAACACAUUACCCUUUCCUCCUGAGUAUUUGGCUCCCUCUGCUGAGCGUGUGAAGAAAGAGAGAAAAACAAAACUGGCCAAACAGAGGAAAGACGGUUCAGGGAAGGUGGUUGGCCCACUCACGUCUAGUUACCCUGCAGGCGGUGGUGCAGCUGGGGCUGCGAGUGGGCCGUUCAGCUGGGUCCCACAGCAGAUGCUGAGUGAGGAUGCAGCCGAGGAAGAGGGAGACAGCGAGGGAGAUAGUGACCAAGGAGAGGAGGAGAGAGGAGAGGGUGACGAGGCAGAGCUGGUCAUUGACAUACCCAAUGAGUGAAGGUGCCAAAGGAAACUGCAAGCAAAACAUUUCAGUUUUUCAAAAUUAUUUUUUGUUUAAUGUUGUUUUAAUGUCCUCUGCUAAUUUUUUUUUUUAUUAAAUAUUUAAAAUCUA